AUGCGAAGCAACGAAAACAAGGCCUUCACCACCAGCUCCGCUUCUCACGGUCCGAUGCUGCAUGCAUCCUCGUCGAACAACCACUCAUUGUUCUCCCUCGGUCGGAAUGGCGCCCCUAGCGACGUAGCAGACACCUUAGCAGACACCUCGAGCAGCUCUUUCGACUUCCUACCGUCUGUCAACUUCGAUGAUCUUCAGAGUAGUCUCGAGUCUGCCUCCACCGACUUCAAGCUGACCCAGUUUCCCUCACCCACCGGUCAGGGUGCCAUUCUCGACGACGACGGACCUCUGGUCGACAAGAUGGCCGGCCAGCAGACAAACGUCACCCAGAAUGGAGGAGCGACCCGCGUCGCCAUCCAGCCAAAUCCGACCCCCAAUACCGCUUCGAGACCUGCUAGAUCCGGGUCUAUACUGAGGAGGCCGAGUCUGACUGGGAGACAGGUCGGCAACGGCAAUGGGACUGUACCCGCAUCUUCGGGCGUCAUCGAUGCACCAACUGCCCCGGCCGCGAUGCGGAAUCGACGUCAGAGUCAUUAUCCCCCAGUUUCUAACAGCAACAUUGGGAAACCACCGAGGAAGUCCAUUGGUCCGGGCGUCAUUGAUUCUGAUUAUGGAACCAAAACUGCCCAAAAGCGACGGCCUAGUCUGAUGUCUAAUACAACCGACAGGAAUGGCGACGUGACCCGGCCGUCGAUGGACACCACGGGCGGACAGGCCGACAAUACGAGAAGCUUUGCGUCCUCGCGGGCGAAUAAGACGCGUUCUGUACAGCCUCUCCCGAGAUUGUCCGCCAACUUCUCUGCCAGCACCAGCAGUAAUGCUAGUUUGGAUCCUGAGAAGAGUCGGCUUUCCACAGCGUUUCCGAGGUCACCAAGGGGAGGAGGUGGAGCAGGAGGAGGGUCGAAAGGGUCUACACCGAAUUCGGCGAGAAGGAUGUCGGUAAUGCCUGGUUCCCACGCGACCGGACUCGGGGCGAGAACCAUUUCACCAACCGACGCCCAACGCAUGAAGCGCAUGUCCGCGCAUCCCCAGAGCCUCGCAUCGGUCGCCAAUGCGCCCCCGCCCCCUCCUAUCGACGUACGCCCACACUCGCGGUCUCCGUCGAUGAUUCCCCGAAAGACUUCCACGCCGUCAUCUUCGAGAACGACACCCGAUAUCAACAACAGGAAAUCGUACAGUUCUGGAUUGUCCGUUGGCUCGACUACUAGUUACAAUACGCACCGGACAUCCACGGGCUCGAUAACACGUGCUUUCUCACAGGGCGGUCCCAGUUCUCGACUACCCGCACCCAAAGGCCUGAACAUACACAAUGCUCCGCCGGCUGAGGAGGAGGAAGAUGUACCGCCUGUUCCUGCUAUUCCUAAAGCCUAUGAAUCGCCCAAGGACUCGCAGGCGGAACUCUCUUGGCUUGACAAGAGGAAAUCGAACUAUGCCUUUGAGACGGCCAGCAUUCAUAGUAAUUCGACCGGUACGCUGUCAAACGCCCCAUCGCAAGAGCCGUUGAACACAGGACAGCCCAAGGCCGGAGCUCGCAAAAACCCCCCGAGGAAGACACAAGCAGGUCCCUCUGCUGAUAUCGAACGGAGAAGCAAUGCAAACGCAUCAAGGAAGAACCUGCAGCCGUUGAGGCUCCCGCCUCUGAAUGUAGGUCCUUUGAGCACUCCCACUGCCGCCAAGAUCGCGGCCUUGCAGGACCAAGGCCACGACGACGGCAAGCUGAGCCCGCCACCGUCCCGGAUCACAGCCAAGACUCCGACAACUCCCAUGACUGCCUCAAAGAGCACAUUCUUCUCCCGCCGCGCGGAUCGAGAUCAGCAUGUGUCCGCCCCUCGAAGCAGCAGCUCAGUCCACCACAGCCGCGUGGAAACCCCAACGGCAGGAGACGCAGAGAGCUCAUCCGAGUCUUUCCUGGAUGCCUUGAACAAAACGCCUUCGCGCAAGCCGACUGUCUCUCCAUACCUCUCAUCAUCUGCUCCUAAAGGUGGCGACACUUUUGGCAGCCUAAUGACCAAGUCCAAGACCACAGGGGAUGUGAAUCAAACAAUCACGGUUAAUACUAGUGUUGAUACGAGACCGCAAAGGAAACCAACGGGGCCGAGGGCACCAAAGCCGCCGAAACUGGUAAACAAGUCCCCUCCACCUAUCUCCAGUCCGGAAGAGCAAGAGCCGCAAACUCCGUCUUCAAUGAGCAACCUUCGAAGGAAGCUCAGUCUUUCGUGGAAGAGAAGCAACUCCAAGGGUAGUAAUCAUCAGCCGACAAGUUCUGUCGACAAGGCAACCGACAGGCAGGCGCGGCAGGAUAGUAUGCCACCACCUCGGAUACCACUCUCAGCCGCAAUGAAUUUGACCUCGGGUAAAGCUUCCAGUCCAAGCCAUGCGGCGAAGCCAUCUGCCGGCUACCUGAACUCGAAACGAAGGAAGAGUUCUGCCUCGAGCUUGAAUGCAGUAAUGGCACAGGAGAAGAGCCGGACAACCUCCAAGAAGGACGUGGGCAACAGCUCGAUGAUUGAGACGUCUACGCAACCUCGAAGCUCGUCGAUUCAGAAGAUUCUUCGUCCGCGGCAAUCAGUUGCCUCGAUCAAGCGCGAUGAUCCGUACACUGCCGAGUUGGAUAGAGACGAUCUCGUCGCUGAGGAUGAAAUGAAGAAGCUGGCUUCGAGGAGGAAGGAGACGGAAUUGGCAGCUCGUACUUUGGAUGCGCUCCAUAAGAGGGCUUCACCCAAGGAACGUGUGGGUCCUCACGACGCCAUUCGGAUCGCCAUGCUGAACAUAUACGAGAGAGGCGAAAUUGUCGACUACAGCGACAUAUACUUCUGCGGCACCCAAAACGCCAGCAAGGUCGUCGGAGACCUGAAUUCGACUAGUUUGCCGAACUUCGGCUACGAUGACGACCGUGGUGAUUACACCAUCGUCGCCGGUGACCACCUUUCGUAUCGCUACGAGAUCGUCGAUGUGCUUGGCAAAGGAAGUUUCGGACAGGUCGUAAGGUGUAUCGAUCACAAGACUGGUGUUCUUGUCGCAGUGAAGAUCAUUCGCAACAAGAAGAGAUUCCACCAGCAGGCUCUUGUUGAAGUCAACAUCUUACAAAAGCUCCGUGAAUGGGAUCCCAGGAACAAGCACAGCAUGGUCAACUUCACCCACAGCUUCUACUUCCGAGGACAUCUUUGCAUCUCGACCGAGUUGCUCGACAUGAACCUCUACGAGUUCAUCAAGUCCAAUUCCUUCCGCGGAUUCUCUCUCAAACUCAUCAGACGUUUUACCAAGCAGAUGCUCAGUUCCCUCAACCUGCUUAAGCAGCACAAGGUUAUCCAUUGCGAUCUGAAGCCCGAGAACAUUCUUCUUCGACACCCUAUGCACUCCGAGAUCAAAGUUAUUGAUUUCGGCUCGAGCUGCUUCGAGACGGAAAAGGUAUACACCUACAUCCAGUCCCGGUUCUACCGAUCUCCCGAGGUCAUCCUUGGCAUGACGUACGGGCUUCCCAUCGAUAUGUGGAGUCUGGGAUGCAUUCUGGCCGAGUUGUUCACGGGCGUUCCAAUCUUUCCCGGUGAGAACGAGCAAGAGCAACUGGCCUGUAUAAUGGAGGUCUUUGGUCCGCCCGAGAAACACCUGAUUGAGAAGAGCACGAGGAAGAAGCUCUUCUUUGACUCGAUGGGCAAACCCCGCCUGACCGUCUCUUCCAAGGGCAGAAGGCGACGCCCGUCCUCAAAGACACUGCAACAAACCCUCAAGUGCGACGAUGAACCGUUCCUUGACUUCCUCACGCGGUGCUUGAGAUGGGAUCCAGAUCGUCGCAUGAAGCCGGAGGAGGCUGUUCGCCACGAGUUCAUCACUGGGCUGAAAGCUUCAGUUCCCAUUCCGCGGACUCGAGAAUCCUCGCCAGUCAAACGUAACAACACAAUAAACACACCAAGACCACUUCCCGAACCACCUGCGGGUGCCAAGAGCGGCUCGGUUUUCCGCCAACGGGAGAGCUCCAAUGCCAGUCCUCACAAGGCGGUUGCCGGGUCUAGGCGAGCCUCUGGCAUCAAUGGCCCAACGACAACUGGCACCGGUGCAGGUAUCAAGCGAAUAAGCACUGGGAACGGUGCCGUUUCGACCAGUAGUAUCGGCAGCAGCCUCCCCCGUGUAGCUGGCCGAACAGCUAGUGGCAAGCAAGACCUGGCCUCGGCGGGUGCGAACGUUGCUAUGAGUCGACGAGCUUGA